UCCCAGGGCAAUUCAGACAUAAUGGUGCUGAUAUUUAUGGAAAUGAUAAUUAUGUGGAUAUUUUUCUUCCUGGUUAAACAAGUAGAAUGGUGAAGGAAACGGCAUACUAUGAUACUCUUGGGGUGAAACCCAAUGCCAUGACAGAAGAGAUCAAGAAUUCUUACCGGAGAUUGGCAGUGAAAUAUCACCCGGAUAAGAAACCCAAUGAAGGAGAAAAGUUUAUGCUAAUAUCUCAAGCAUAUGAGGUGCUAUCAGAUCCAAAAAAAAGGGACCUCUAUGAUCGGGGUGGAGAACAGGCCAUUAAAGAAGGAGGAAUGGGCGAAGGAAACUUCUCUUCCCCUACAGACAUCUUUGACAAGUUCUUUGGUGUAGGUAGCUGCAUGAACAAAGAGAAGAGAGGUAAAGAUAAAUUUCAUCAGUUGUCUGUAUCCUUAAAUGAUCUGUACAAUGGCACUAGCAGGAAAAUAACUCAGCAUAAGUAUGUAAUCUGUAAAAAGUGUGAGGGUCGUGGUGGUAAGAAAGGAAUAGUAGAGAAGUGUACAUGGUGUAAGGGCUGUGGUGUUCUAGUCCUUGUACAUCAAAUAAUACCUGGUAUUGAGGAGCAGAGAGAGUCCAUAUGCUUUAACUGCGGUGGAGAGGGUAAACAGAUUAACGUGAAAGACCGCUGCAAAAAGUGCUCUGGAAACAAGGUUAUCCAUGAUAAUCAGAUUCUUGAGGUACAUGUUAAUAAAGGCAUGAAACAUGGGCAGAAAUUUGUAUUCACUGGAGAAGGUGAUCAAAAACCAGGGGUGGAGACCGGAGAUGUGGUGCUUGUUUUAAACCAAAAAGAAUAUGCUACCUAUCAAAGGCAAGAUGAUAACCUGAUGAUGAAAAUGGAAAUUAAAUUAGUAGAGGCUUUGUGUGGCUUUAAAAAGCCUAUUGAGACAAUGGAUGGCCGAGUUCUCCUGAUCACCUCUUAUCCAGGUGAAGUGAUAAAGCAUGGCCAUUUAAAGAACAUUCUGAAUGAAGGCAUGCCCUUGCAGAGGGACCCAACUGAAAAGGGCCUCCUAAUAAUCCAGUUUAUAGUUACUUUUCCUCACAAUCAAUGGCUUCCUGUGAAAAAGCUUAGUUUUCUAGAGGCCUUGCUUCCACCAAGGGAAAAAGAAGAAAUGAUCACUGACGACAUGAAAGUUGUGGAGCUUGAGCGAGAGCCAUACAGGAAGUACAGGGGAGCAGCAUACCAAGAAGAUGAUGGGACCAGGGAUGGAGUUCAGUGUCAAACCUCCUGAGCUCUAUGGAAUCCUGUUUGCUGAAGAAACAUUUGUGUUGGCCAUGGACUUGUGAUCUCUGCAGUCCAGAAGAGCGUGUGGCAUAAUUCUCAGCAGAUUCUUUAUUACUGUUUAUUACUGUUCUUUAUAGGGAUGCACCGAAUCCCAGAUUUUGCCUUUUUCAGCAGGAUUCAGAUUCGGACGAUUCAGGGA